AUGGCUGCCGACAAUCGAGUGGAGGAGCUUCUCAGGAGACCGCUAUAUGCAUACAAUCUCCCGCAGGAACUCAUCACAUCGAUCGCGCUCAAAGGCGAAGACCAGCCCAUAACCGUCAAGGAAAACGCUGAUCCCACCGAGCCUACCUCGAAAGACCCUUCGGAUGACGCGCAAGAACAUGCGAUCGCAAGUUCGACGGGCUGCGGACUUUGUAAGGUGUCCUUCGCAACCCCGCCGGAACAUCGCGAGCAUGUGAGAUCAGACCACCAUAAAUACAACGUGAGGGCGCAGCUCAGAGGACACGCUGCUUUGGAUGAGGUUCAGUUUACAAAGGCAAUUGGAGAGCUUGACGAGUCAAUCUCGGGCUCCGAAUCGUCAGAAGAGGAGGAAGAGGAGGGAAAUCAACUCACGGCGUUGCUGAAAAGGCAGGCGAAAAUCUCCCAAGCGGCUGAAGAAGGAGGCGAAAACUCAACACCGAAGAGCACUGGGAAGAACCCACUGUUAUGGUUUUCGAAUCCUGCGCUUCCCCCGAAUACGUCCCUUGGGGUGUACCGCGCUCUUUUCACGAAUGCCGAGCAGGAGGAACCCAGAUAUCUCGCCGAAUCCCUAACGAAGAAGCAACUUGACCCGAUCGAUCCUCAGAAGAAUAAGGAAAGGCCGCAAUCAUCGAGUCCACAUAUAUUCAUGUGUAUGAUUGGAGGAGGCCACUUUGCAGGAAUGCUAGUUUCUUUAGCUCCUGAGAUUCAUCGAAAGCAAGGUGGUAUUGAGGAAAGGCAGGCUCGCGUAAUUGCGCACAAGACGUUCCACCGCUAUACAACCAGACGCAAACAAGGUGGAUCUCAGUCCGCUAACGAUGCAUCAAAGGGUGCCGCACACUCAGCCGGUUCCAGCUUGCGACGAUACAAUGAGGCCGAGUUGGAGAAGGAAGUCAGAGAACUACUGCAGGAUUGGAGGCAGAUGAUCAACGAGGCCCAGUUUCUGUUUGUUCGUGCUGCUGGCUCUACCAACCGUAGGAUUUUGUUUGGCCAACAUGAGGGAAGAGUGCUGGUGCAGAACGAUCCGAGGUUAAGAGGGUUCCCGUUCAGUACUCGACGAGCAACGCAGAGCGAGCUCAUGAGGUGCUUCAAAGAACUUACCCGUGUGAAGGUCAGUCAGGUUGAUGAAGCCGCCCUCGCUGCCGCUGCAGCGAAACAACGAGAGCAAGCAUCGAAACCCUCGACGCCUCGUCCCCAGCAACCGCAAAAGCCAAAACUGUCGAAGGAGGAAGAAGAGGCAAUCAUGCACACUACACAAAUACAAGCCCUCAUCCGUCGCUCAAAAAUACCCGCCUUGAUUUCAUACCUAACGAAAAACUCCCUAGCUCCUUCCUUUACAUUUCAACCGUCUGACGUCCAACAAAAUUUCCGAUGUCCAACACCUCUUCAUCUCGCCUCCAACCUCGAUUCUGCUACUAUGGUGCUAGCCCUGCUUACCAAGGUUGAUGCAGACCCUACCACUACUAAUGGAGAGGGAAGGACACCGUUUGAACUGUCUGGGGACCGGGCCACUCGUGACGCCUUCCGCGUGGCGCGCCACGAACUAGGCGAAUCCAAGUGGGAUUGGGAAGCUGCAAAGGUUCCGUCAGCUGUAUCGAAGGCCGAAGCCGAUAGCCGAUCACAGAGAGAACGGCAAACCGCAGAAGAGGAAGAAUCGAACCGGCGAAAGGCCGAAAUAGAUCGCCUACGAAAAGAGGAGGAGGCAGCCGCAGCGUCACGGGUGACGAAGAAAGGGGGGCGGACGGUGGGAAGUGUAGAAAAGACAGCACAGGAAAAGAGGGAAGAAGAAAUGCGCGGGAUGACGCCGGAAAUGAGGAUGCGAUUGGAAAGAGAGCGCCGUGCUAGAGCGGCUGAAGAGCGCAUUCGAAGAAUGCAACAGGGCCAGAAUUGA